CCCGGUUUUCCUGGCAUGACCUUUUCCCUUGGCAACCACUUCCUCCGAGCAUCCACGGCCAUCUUUAAUUUUAAGUCAUUCGUGAAAAGUUGUUUCGCUCAUGUAAACACGCCGACCGACACAUUUGCGCACAAAGCAGCAUCGACGGCGCUGUGUGCAUGUAGUUUCCAGCGACGUGCUCCACACAGAGCCGAGCAGCACCGCAGCAGGCUGUCCGCAGAGAUUAAGAUGAGAAAGAAGCAGACUGCCAAACAACGGAAGACCGAGGAGACUCCUACAGUUGUCCAGGAGUUUGUGGUAGAAAAAAUAAUUCUCCGCAGAAUCUUUAAUGGAAGAGUGGAGUACUUCCUGAAGUGGAAAGGUUUCACUGAUGCAGAAAACACAUGGGAACCUGAGGACAAUCUGGACUGUCCUGAACUCAUUGAAGAGUUCCUGAGAAACACACAUUUCUCAGAGGUGAAUGAGGAAGAGCGCAGCGAACAAGAGUUCAUUCCAAAAGAAGAAAUGACAGAGCAGGAGACGGAAAUUUCCUUCAUGCAGUCUCAGCAGCAAGGCAACAGCGAGCCAAAUGACAAGCAGUCAGACUCCCCCACUAACCUCAGCACUUACCUCGAGCCUGAAUGCAUCAUCGGCUCCACAGACAGACAGGGAGAGCUCAUGUUCCUCGUCAAAUGGAAGAACUCUGACGAUGUGGCCCUGCUGCCGGCACGGGAAGCCAGCGUCAGGUGUCCCCAGGUGGUCAUCGACUUCUAUGAGCAGAAGCUGACCUGGCACUGCGGAGACGAGGAGCAGUGAAGUGUGUGUGCGUGGGUUGUGUACAGAGGCAAACUGAUAAACAGCUGUGCUCUCACUUGAAGCUUAGUUUAACCUCCAUCGAGUGUCCCUCCUUCAGCUGACAUUAGAGGCACACUGUGUGAAAUUACGCCGCAGGAAGGGGUUUCAGAUUCUGGCAGGUGCGAGAUCCUCUGCGGGGAAGGAUUUGAAGUGCUCUCAGUCCCGUGGUGCUCAACGAGGUCUUUGUGCCUUUGUGGAGACUGCGAUGGAGACUACAACUAACCUCUGUGUAGAGCAGCUGAUUUGAGGUCACUUGUAGCAGCUUAGGUCUCGCGUAAGCAGACACCAUCACUGUGGACAUGUUUUUGUUUUUAUUGUUGUGGAGUAAUUUUAGUAUUUAUAGUCCUGUUUUCCAUCUUGGUUGUUUAGUAUAUGCUUUCUAUAUUUUAUAGCAACACUGUGUAGGCAGAGUGAACUACCUGCUAUCCACCCCUAACCUCCAGUCCUUGUAGCUUUUAGUUAGAGCUGAGGAUUGUAGACCUGUUGUUCGAACGUUUGUUGUUUGAACUUGUAUUGUGUGAGGCGUUUAUAGCCAGCCACAGCUUGUACUGUGUCUUACUGUGUCUCCUUGUGUUUGAUGUCAAAUAUUUAUAAUUGUUGCCCACCAGAAAUUUCCCCUUAUUUCAUAUCAGCUGCUAAGUACCAAAUAUUCUCUUCUCCUCUAUAUUGAAUUAUAACCAGAUUAUUAUUGAGUUUAAAAAAAUAUAUAUUAUUUGGUGAUUACACAAAGUGAAGUCCUGGCAGAAUGAAUCAAAAGAUCAUAAUAUUUCUAAAGUAAAUUUAUUGUGAUUAACACAAUAACUUUUGUGCACCUGUCAUAGAUAAUAAGAUUGUUAAAAAUGUAGCACUUUAGAUACAAGACUGUCCAAUUACACAGGGCAUUGUCUUCCAGUAUUUAUAGAGGUCUGUGUACAUGAUAUUUGUAUCCUGAUGGCACUAUCCUGACUACAUAUCUCCCAUGACUGUUAUGGGACACUCAGCUGAACCUUAAACCUCCUGAAACACACCUGCUACUAAAUUACUGUAACUGUUGACCAUGGAUCUGUGAAGUCUCUGUGAAUAAAGGAAGUCUUUUUGUGAA